AUGGCAGAGAAGAAACCGAGGAACAGGGUCGGCAUUGAGGCCGACCGAGUGACGGACGUGUCGAGCACUGAUUUCCCUGGAUACUAUCCCGGCGAGGACCAUUCCUGGAAUCUAGAAAAGUUCCAAGAGAACCUCAAAAUCCACAUCGAGUACAUCAGCGAGCUCAACGCCGAGUUCGAUCUGAUCGGUGUCGAUGCCUCGAUCGCCAACGCCUUCAGACGGAUAAUGAUCUCAGAGAUCCCCACCCUUGCUAUCGAAUACGUUUACAUCGAGAACAACACUUCUAUAAUACAAGAUGAGGUCCUGGCCCACAGACUGGGUCUGAUUCCGCUCAAGGCCAACCCCGACUACCUGCGAUGGUUCAAAAAGGACGAUCCCGAUUUCGAACCGACUGAUUACGACACCGUUGUCCUCCAGCUAUCAGCAAAGUGCACCGCCAACCCCAACGCUCCAGAAGGCACGACCGAUCCCAAACUCCUCUACAACAACGCCCACGUCUACGCCCGUGACAUCGUGUACGAGCCGCAAGGCCGUCAGAGCGAGUGGUUUCCAGAAGGAAUCGCUGCGACCAACCCCGAUAUCCUGAUUGCCAAGCUGCGACCGGGCCAGGAAAUCGAUCUCACUAUGCACUGCAUCCUCGGCAUCGGCCAGGAUCACGCAAAGUUCAGUCCUGUGGCUACCGCUAGUUACCGGUUACUGCCCACCAUCGACAUCAUUGGCGAGCCCAUCACUGGUGAGCUGGCAAAGAAGUUCCGCUCGUGUUUUCCCAAGGGUGUGAUUUCGAUCAACUCCAAGGGCGAGGCGGUUGUCAAGGAUGCCAGAAAGGACACCGUUUCUAGAGAAGUUCUUCGUCACCCAGAGUUUGAGGGACGCGUGCGCCUCGGCAGACAGCGUGAUCACUUUAUCUAUACGGUCGAGUCGACGGGAGCUAUGACUCCGGAUGAGAUCUUCCUUAAGAGCGUCCAGCUGCUCAAGAAGAAAUGCCAGAUUCUUCGGAAGUUCAACUUGGCUGCCUAA